GUCAGCCGCUAUUAAUGAAAAUAAAUAUGUCGAAGACGAAGUACGUAAAUAGAACGCAAAAAGAAUUUCCUUUACAGUUUAUGUAGUUCUUACACCAAAAACCGUUAAAUCACCACCUACAUUAAAUACUUUCUUUAAAAAAUGGAUGACAUGGAGCUUCGGACCGUCGAACACUCAAUACCCACCGACAUCCUCGAUGACCUCCUAACACGCUUCAUAAUUUGCGUCCCUGAAUCCGCCAAACAGAAUCUCAUCCGCAUUUGUUUCCAAAUCGAACUGGCCCAUUGGUUCUACUUAGACUUCUACGUUACCAGUGAAAGCAAACUGAAAACUUGCAGUAUUUACGAAUUCGCUGCCCACGUCUUUCAGCACAUACCGUCUUUGCAAAAGGAGCGCCACAAGCUCAACCAAAUCCUAGCCGAAUGGAAAGAGUACAAGCAGACGGUCCCCACGUACGGCGCCAUCCUGCUGUCCGAGGGCAUGACCCACGUCUUAUUAGUACAAAGCUACUUCGCCAAGUCCUCUUGGGGCUUUCCUAAGGGUAAAGUGAACGAAGAGGAGGACCCGGCGCACUGCGCCAUCCGGGAAGUCCUCGAGGAAACCGGGUUCGAUAUCACCAACUACAUAUCGCCAGACGAGUGGCUCGAGUCCACCAUCAACGACCAACUGGUGCGGCUGUACAUCAUCAAGAACAUCCCGCUGAUCACCAAGUUCCGACCAAAAACCCGCUACGAAAUCAAAGCUUGCGAGUGGUUCCCGGUGGCCGACUUACCCAAUAGCAAGAAAGACGUGACUCCGAAGGUGAAGAUGGGGGUGAGCGCGAACGCGUUCUUCAUGGUGCUGCCGUUCGUCAAGCGGUUGAAGAUGCUGUGUAACGUCAACAAGAAGCCGAGGAACAAGUCGGCGAGCGUGAGCGAGGUGGAGUAUUCUUCGGCGAAGAGCAAGAGCAAGAAGGUGGAGACGGAAGACAACAGGCUGGCGAAGAGCGGGAGGAAGAUUGACAAGAAGCACGUUUCGAAGAGGCAGUUGUUCGUCAACGAUAGCACGGUUGACUUCUGCGCGCCGUCGUGGCUCAAUUUUAAAUUCGACAGAACUGCCAUUAUGGAAUGCAUUCCUUAAUUGUAGAUAUUUUUUGUGAUAUGUUUUUUAUGCCAUUCAUUAUCCAAAUGCGAUCGGCGAGAUCGGUUCAUUUGCAAUAUGUUUGUGAUAAUUAGUUCAGGAGAGGUCGAAAUGAAAUUCUGGUCAACAGGUUUAAACUUGAAUUUUGAUUACUUUUUUUUGUUAUUUGGUUUGGUGAAGCCCGGCUUUAAUUUUUUUCUAAGAUGGUUUCGUUUAAAUCGAUCGUUUCUGUUAAAUUUGUAUUAUUUUAAGCAUAUCAAUUUAGCAGUAUUUAAACCCAAAUUAGAAUAAUAAUAAAGGCUGACUACUUCAAGUAGGUUAUAUUGUUUUAACGAGGAUGUGCAUUUUUGGUUCUUAACGAAAAUUUAUUUUAAAAUAUAGUUUUUCAAGCAA